AUGGAUGAAAUUUGUGAUGUAUUAAAGGAAUACACAGAACUCGAGAGUAGUAAUAUAAUUGAUUUAUUUAAAGAAUAUAGUAAAAGAAAUAAAGAUAAAACGGAAGUUAAUUCAAAACUUAAAAAAAUGAAAUGUACUAAACUAAUGGCGUUCGAUGCUAACGAAAUAGCUAAAGCUGGUGGACGAAGUAUAAGAAUAUUAGAUGGUAUAGUAUAUGAAGAAAAUUUUAAAACUCCACCAUAUAGAGAUUAUAUUUUAAUUUUGAGAGAUCUAAGAAAUAAAUAUAAACGAGAAGAUGGAUUUUAUAAGCCGGAAAUAUACUAUACAGAUACUGAUAAUUUAUACAUUUCAUCUAGUAAUUGGGAUAAAUUAAAUGAAGCUGGGUUGGUAUCUGAAAAUGAUUAUUGUAAAGGAAAGAAUGAUUACGGUGAUGGUGGAAUUAUAUAUGGUUUAUAUUUAGCGCCAAAAGUCAAAUAUUAUAUCAUUCUAACUUCUGGCGGUAUUCUAAAAGACAAGAAAACGUUUAAGGGCUACUCUAAUGAUAAGAUAAGUGUAGAAGAUUAUAUUCAAUUAGCUAGCGGACAUGAUUUGACGAAUGAAUUUAAGAAAAGAUGGGAAAAUAGUUUCACCAAUGGAAUAGUUAUUCCAAAGGAUGAUGAUAAACAAAAGAAAGUUUUAGAAGUUAUCUAA